CUUUCAGUGGUCCCUGACAGACGUCACGGUUGGAAGGCUCAAGCUACAGAGAGGGGCAAUUUCGUCUGGUUUUGCUGGCCAAGAUGACGGCCACCUCAACGAGUAAUAUGACUGAGGCGCAGCAGCAGGAUCUGCCACAGAUGGAGUCAGAUAUGUCCUCGCCACUGCCAGCUGCGGAGGUGCGAACGAACCAGGAGGAUCCAUACCAAUUCAAAGAUACAUCUGCAUCCCCACCCACCUCCUCCUAUGAGGAGCAUCUUGCCGACAUAACCGAUAGUCGCCAGCGAAGAAUCAUCUCGUCAAACCAGCUGCUUAACGCGCUGCACAAGUUUGGCUUCGCGCUAACAGGGUACAGCGUAGAGAAGAUCGGCAUCACGCCGCUGCCUGAGCAUGAACGCACACAGACCGCAUGGUGGUCCGUCGGCACGUUGUGGUUCAGCGCCAACUUCAAUGUGCUGUCCUUCAGUGCUGGUACGCUCGCACCUCAGCUCGGUCUAGGCAUGUACGGCGCGCUCUUCACCAUCCUCGGCUUUUGCUUCCUUUGCUCCAUUCCACCGGCUUACAUUACAACCUGGGGGCCCAAGCUCGGUCUGCGCCAGAUGGUGCAAACACGGUACAGCUGGGGGUUUUUCCCCACGAGCCUUAUCUGCCUGCUCAGUGGCGCAAGCAUGAUCGGUUACUGUAUCCUCAACAGCAUCCUCGGCGGCCAAACACUCAGCGCUGUCGCAUCCUCCAACGCUUCGGGCACCUCCUCGCUCACACCGACAGUCGGCAUCGUCGUUGUCGCUGUGGUCUCUCUGCUGCUCAGCUUCGCAGGCAUCAAGUUUCUGCAUUGGACCGAGCGCUGGGUCUGGCUUCCAACGCUGAUUGCUUACAUUACCUUGAUCGGCGCCGCCGGAAGCGGACCGCAAGGCUUGCACCUCCCCGCAGGCCCAGACCCAUCCACGCCGCGCGCUGUGCUGGCCAUGGGUGCCGUAAUCGCUGGCUUCCUGCUGUCCUACUCUCCACUUGUAUCUGACGUCUCGCACUACCUCCAUCCGAAAACCUCGAGCAGCAAUCUCUUUCUCGCCACCUUCUGUGGAUACUUUUUCUCCAGCACGCCCAUCAUUAUGCUUGGCGCCGCAUUUGCCAUCUCGGCGCAGGAUAUACCGGAGUGGGAACAAGCGCUCGGGGCGUCGAACGGUGCACUCUUCAACCUCAUCAUGGCGGAUGACCCCGACUACAGCACGGCACUACGUGGCUUUGGUAAAUUCCUCACCGUCAUUCUGGCGCUGAGCACCAUUCCGAACAUCACAAAUACCUUCUACAGCUUUGGCUUAACAUUCCAAACCAUGCUACCGUUCCUCGCCCCUUUCCCACGGUUCAUCUGGCCGAUCCUAGCAACAGCUAUCGUCCUACCGUUAGGCAUCGUAGGCGCAUCACACUUCUAUCAAACCCUGACCAAUUUCACAGCCGUCCUGGGCUACUGGGCGGCGCUCUUCAAUGCUGUCCUACUCGUUGAGCACCUGAUACUCCGCCGUGCGCGAUUCGAGAGCUACGACCGCACCGCUUGGAACGACCGGCGCCGCUUACCCAUCGGCGCCGCUGCGCUGACGAGUGCUGUCUUGAGCCUGGGAUUACUUGUGCCCAGUAUCGACCAGGUCUGGUUCACGGGGCCUAUUGCGGAGAGAAGCGGUGAUUUGGCUUUUGAAUUAGGUUUCGUCACCUGUGCGGUGCUGUACGCGCCGCUGAGGCUACUCGAGAAGACAUGGACCGGACGUUAGUUGAUCGAACUAGUUACAACAGCACAGUGUCACACAUAGAGCUCGCCAUACCAAAACAGGGUCAUUUGCCAGCAGCAUAUACAUGUCGUCGUCAGUCAUUGGAAAAUUGGGUAGAAUUACACUAUGCUUCGUUCAAAAGCUCGAGGAAAGAAUAGGAGCCAGACAAAAGUUGCCAGACCAGGACUGCCAAAUUGGAGUCAGAAAAU